AAAUCAGGAGCUGUCUGCAAGUCAAAGUUGUCAAAUCGAAAAGUUUUUAUAUAAACAGCAGAUCACACAGACUGAUAGCACGUCUUUCUUUUUAGAAUACAUCAUUUAAUUAGUUUUAUAUAAAUUGUGAAAAAUGACGGCCCCUCCUCCAGCACCACACAUAGACCGUGAGCUAGACUUGUCCAAUACGGGAAGAGGAGUUUGGCUUGUAAAAGUACCAAAAUAUAUAGCUAACAAAUGGGAAAAGGCUCCCGGAAAUAUAGAAGUUGGCAAGUUGAAGAUCUCUAGAGUGCCGGGGCAGCGGGCCCAGGUACAGCUUUCGCUAUCGGAGGCUGUAUUGUGUUUGAAGGACCCGGGGGAACAGUCGAUACCGAAGGAGCACCGUCUUGACGUGUCGAAUGUCACUCGGCAGUCUUUGGGAGUGUUUUCCCAUGUCGUGCCAUCCAACACAGAUUCAGUGGUGCCGGAAUCGGAGAAGCUGUAUAUGGAAGGGAGGAUAGUACAAAAGUUAGAAUGCAGGCCGUACGCAGAUCCGACUUACUACAGACUCAAAUGCGAGUCCAUUAGAAAAGCAACUAUGCCACAGAGGCAGGUUCAGCAACUAGACAGAAUAGUACAAAACUUCAAACCUGUCUCGGAUCAUAAACACAAUAUUGAAUACCGAGAGCAGAAGAAAGCAGAGGGUAAGAAGGCUCGUGAUGACAAGGAUGCGGUGCUCAACAUGCUGUUUGCUGCGUUUGAAAAACAUCAGUACUACAACAUCAAAGACUUACAAAAGAUCACAAGGCAACCGAUAGUGUAUCUAAAAGAAAUAUUAAAGGAAGUGUGUAACUAUAAUCUGAAGAAUCCACACAAGAAUAUGUGGGAACUGAAGCCUGAGUACAGACAUUACAAACAAGACGCGCCUGUCGAACCCAAAGAGGACAAGAACAGUUCCGAUAGUGACUAGUAAUCGUAGAUUUUAAGUUAAUUUACAAGACUGUAAUCACAGUUGAUUUGUAUAAAAUAGAAAAUAAAUUAUUUUCUUGAUA